AUGCAUCUUCAUUUUCAUCUGCGAGAGACUGUACUAAACUUUGGCCCGGUUUAUGGCUAUUGGCUUUUUAGUUUUGAAAGAUGCAAUGGUAUCUUAAAAAACUAUAUCAACUUUGAUAUCGUCAAGGGAAACAAGCCUUUGCCCCCUUCCGCACUUCCUUUAGCUCUAAAGGGGGAGAUUUCCAUGGAUGAAUCCGAGUAUGAGCAUUUGUUGGAAUACUAUGGCGAGACAUACAAUGAUCAAACUCUUGUUCAUUAUCGUCAGGCUGGUCAUUCUGAUAAUUUUGUUAACAAUUGGAUACAGAAGUUUGAAUCAAUUGAUCUUCUUGGGCAAAUCUACAAGAGCAAAACGAAGAAUCAGCGCGGGUUAUUCAUGCAAGCCUUGUUUGAGACAAGUGAUGGUAGAAGUGCCAAGCCAUACGCGGGCCAAAUUCAGUACCUCUUUGUUAAUACUACUGUAAACUCAUUUGCUGGUCAUGCGAGUCAGCAUGUAUUUGCAUAUCCCAGAGCAGGAGAAGGAGUUGAGGUGAAUGAGGUGGGGUUCGAAGAUGACAGCAUGAACAGCAUUCUCCCAGUGCAUAGAAUCUGCUAUCCAGUCGCAGUAGGCGAGUACCUUGGUCUAGAAGGUGAAGUUCAGAUGUGUGUAGUUCCUUUGCCACGAAAAAUAUAUAUUUAG